AUGGCUAAGAGCAAAUAUGGUGCAAGCAAAGAAGCUCUCGAGCAAAUCAAAGACAAUUGGGAUGACAAGACGUGUCUCAUUCCACUAACAGGUUCAAUGUAUGUUCCAGGAAAAAUCAAAGAUAUUGACAAUGUUAUUGUCGACAUUGGCACAGGAUAUUACAUCGAAGAAGAUCGUGCAAGUGCAAAAGAUUAUUUUAAGAGGAAAGUCGACUUUGUCAGUGAACAAAUGGAUAAAAUAGAAAUUCUUGGAUAUGAAAAAAGUCAGAUUCGAGACGCUAUUUGCGAAGUCAUGGCUGUAAAGAUACAACAGUUGAAAGCAUCGAUGCCAGCAGAAGGACAAAGCUAA